AUGCCCACCAAGACAUACAACUUCCUCAACCAGGAAAGCUCACCGCAGGGUGCCGAUGAAGCGGACCACAGACAUCCACUUCAGCAAACCCUUUUCAACCCAGAGCAGGACCUAACCAGUGACACAGCCUGCAAGGAUGAAGCCGAGGAGUCAGGUGGCAGCAUCCCCAGCCUGGUAAUCACUCAAGCAGAGGAGUCCCAGAGGCCAGCGUUUGCCCAACCGGUUGCACUGCCUGUGAGCCCCACAGAAAAGACAGAGGUGCAGAUCCCAGAGAGACCAACAGACCUGGAGAUACCUGCAGUGGCAUGUACACCCACAGACCCCAGUCCUAGUUCCUCUGAUGGUGGGGACAUGACCUGCUGUGACCUCUUGUCUCUGAAGAGUGACUCCAUAUCCCUGGCCAGUGAGGCUGCCAUUUCCAGGAGGUCUCUGUUCCACCGGGUGCAGAUGGACCCUCUGGAGAAGGCCUGGCUGAGGAGCUCGGCUCUGGGGAACAUCUCUGCACAGCACCAGCUCCUCGCCCAGGACCCAAGUCUAGCCUUGAAGAAGACGGCGCUCCACUGGGCAGCCAAACAGGGCCGUCUGGAGGCGGUGGACAUGAUGCUGUCCUCCGGCGUGGACGUCAACGUCAGAUCGGGUUACACAGCUCUCCAUCUCGCCUCCAUCCAAGGGCAUCUCCACGUCGUCCAGGCUUUGCUCAACACUUACCAUGCUAAAACCAACAUCAGAGAUUACCAUGGGAAAACGGCCGUCCACUACUGGAAUGGAAGUAUGGAUGUAUUCAACAAGUGUGGCUCUCAGUCAGGUGAGAGGCUGUCUCGAGGAAGACUGACACAACGUUAUACCCUGCCAUCAUUAUUGCUCUCUCGUUCCCGAAGCCAAGGCCAACUCAACCUGGAUUUUGGGACAAUGUCACACUCUCCUCAUCAUGAUGUGUUUAACCUCCAAAUAUGAUUUUUUUAAGCUCCUACUGGACACCGCUUCUCCAACUCCAAAGAGAUGUAUGUUAAAAGCUCUGAACCGCUUAAGUAACCAGGUUUAACACACGAAAAGGCGGGGCUAGGAAGCUAAUUCAACAUGGUGGCGGACACUGGUACUGCAGUUUAAAUCACAAGUACAUAAGGUAUACAGGGCGGCACGGUGGCACAGUGGUUAGUGCAGUCGCCUCACAGCAAGAAGGUCCUGGGUUUGAGCCCCGGGGUUGUCCAACCUUUGGGGGUCGUCCCGGGUCGUCCUCUGUGUGGAGUUUGCAUGUUCUCCUCGUGUCUGCAAGGGUUUCCUCCGGGGGCUCCGGUUUCCUUCCACAGUCCAAAGACAUGUCGGUCAGGUGAAUCGGCCACACUAAAUUGUCCCUAGGUAUAAAUGUGUGUGUGUGUGUGUGUGUGUGUGUGUGUGUGUGUGUAUGUCGGCCCUGUGAUAGCCUGGCAGCCUGUCCAGGGUGUCUCCCUGCCUGCCGUCCAAUGACUGCUGGGAUAGGCUCCAGCAUCCCCGCAACCCUGAGAGCAGGAUAAGCGGUUCGGAUAAUGGAAGGAUGGAUAAGGUAUACAGGCACCCUUAUGCUUAAUUAUAAAUGUACUUAGGCAUUUCUUUAAUGCCAUACAAAUUAAACAGAAAUAACGUGAGACUCCAGAGUUGUAGUUUAUUGUUUGUCUGCCUUUAACAAAAAGAUUGCCCAUGUAUUGGUGCUAGCCUCCAUUACCUGAUUCUGUAUGGGAAUAUGUUUUCUGUUGACAGCUGUUAACUUCUUGAAUGCAAAAAUAGAACAACAGCUGAUAUGCAGGAGGAGGCAAACACCCCACACACGGUGAGGAGACACAACCAGUAUGAUUUCUGUUGGAGGACAUUAAGGAUGUUAUUUGUGGUUUGCUUAUAUGUGAAAUGUUAACUCUCCAUUUUAAUUAUUUUCAAAUUGUUGUGCUGUGGGAGGGAAAAAAAACAAGAGAAGGGAUGUUCUUCAUCUGUCCUACCCAGCCUUUAAGAGGGCAAACUGUACUGCAGGGUGUUUGGCUAAGCUGCUCGAGUGGUUGUAUCCAAAUGUGUUUAAUAUAGCAAUUUAAUGACAAUGAUACUUCAGGGAAAGCUAGUCUACCUAGAUGGACUUCUAAUUUGUAGCGCUAAAUGUAGUGUUUAUUGUUGUUAUUGAUGAUAAUGAGAUGUAUCUCUAAUACAGCAGAAUUGUGGUUGUUUGUUGCCUUUACAAAAUCUUAAUAUGAAAAUAAAGGGUGUUAAUUA